UCUGAGAAAUUUGUCAAAAUUGAGGUUUAUGUCUCAAACAGCUUUAAAGUUAACUAGGUCUAUGUCCAUUGCUAAUUUAUGUGGAUAUUGUGAAUAUUUUAAUGUCAGUGGCAAAGCUACAAAGGUCCAUCUGCAUAAUUUAGCAUAAUUUCAAAGUCACAAAGGUCUAUCACAUUUCCAAGAUGGCUGCCAGAAAGCAUGGGCGAUUAAAAACUUUAAAGGAGAAUGAAAUCAGCGAUUUAUUGGAAAGGUCGGAUAUUGUUGCAGAUUAUGCAGAGGAUACCAGUUUAAAUGUAGUUCUAAUGUUACUGUGGAAGAUAGGUCUGCAAUCUUCAAUGAGUUUUGGAAAAUGAGUGACAACGAGAAAUUGCACUUUUAUGGAAAAACAACCGAGCAAGAAUCAACAAAAAGUUCGAAAGCUGGAACACCAAGCCAAAAGAAAAACAGUCUAAGUUAUAGCCUUCCUGUUAAUGCCCAUAAUGUUCGAGUCUGUAAAGUAUUUUACUUAACGACGUUGGAUAUUAACCACAAACGCAUACAAUAUUAUCAUGCAAACAAACAGAAAAUGUGUGGGACACCUACAAAUUUGCAAUGGGGAAAGAGUGCAAACAAUGUAGUUUCACCAGAAAUCAAGGACAGAAUCCGCAAACAUAUAAAUUCUUUGCCUCGUGUGGAAUCCCACUACAAUAGGGAGAACACAAAAAAAGAAUAUUUGCCUGAAGGUCUUAAUGUCACAAUUCUUUAUGAAGAGUAUGUGAAACAGUGCUCCAGUAAUGGAGUCGCACCUGGUAAAAUCCAUCUGUACCGACAAAUAUUCAAUGACGAAUUUAACAUUGCCUUCCAUGUACCCAAAAAAGAUAGAUGUGAUACAUGUGAGGCAAUGAAAAUUCAGAAUAAUCCAGCUGAGGAAGACCAACAAAAUUUUGAAGCUCACCUAAGAGGGAAGGAGGAAACUAAGACUGAACGAGACAUUGAUCGAAAGGAUAAUAACAAAUUUACAGUGUGUUUUGAUUUGCAAAAUGUGUUUGCCUUGCCAACAGCUGAAGUAUCGAACUUUUUCUACAAGAGAAAGCUUAAUGUAUACUUCAUGACCGCCCACUGUUCAGCAGAUAAGAGAGGAUAUGGAGCACUGUGGCACGAAGGGCAAAGUGGUCGAGCUGGAAACGACAUAGCCAGUUCAGUUCUAAAGAUCCUAGAAGCUGUUGUUGAAGAAAAUUCAGAGGAUCCAAGAGUAAAGAACAUCAUUUUAUGGAGUGAUUCUUGCGUUCCUCAAAAUCGAAACAGUUUUUUUUCUACUGCUAUGAAAGUGUUCCUCAAAAAUCAUCCUAACAUUGUGUCGAUAGAGCACAAGUAUUGUGAGCCUGGCCAUUCUUCUGUUCAAGAAGUAGACAAUCUUCACAGCCAGAUCGAGGCUGUGUGUCGCCAUAGUGAAAUAUACAGCCCUGUUGGAUUGAUGCGGAUGCUAAAGAAAGUCCACAGAAGCAAGCCAAUGAAAAUUAUCCAGAUGAAGGCACAAGAUUUCAAGGAUUUUGGUUCCAUUGCUCGGCAAGGAAAGUAUGACAGGGUGCCAUUCACCAAAGUCAAGAGUCUCCUCUACAAGCAAAUGGAACCCAAGAUCCUUGGCUACAAGACCAAGUUUUCAGAAGAAUUGGUUACAACGAAUGUGCUCGAGCACAAGUCGACAAGAAGCAAAGUCAAAAACAAUGUUUUCUAUCAAGUAACCGACCCCACCAUUGCUGGAGCUGUUGAUGGUCUUAGCCAGGCUAAGAAAGCGGACAUAAGAUCAAUGCUGAAAUUUAUGCCGGCCUCUGACAGAGAGUUUAUGUCACUUCUUGUGUAACUAAAACUUCUUUAGGAUACAAGAAAGCCGUGACAGUAAUGUUAUUUAAACUUUGUGCCAGCGUAUAUUAUAAGUGAGGAUAUUGCAAGCACAACUA